AUGAAUGGCGAGGUCGACUUCUGGUCCGCCACUAUUGCGGCGUAUCAGCCGCUGCAGCUUACUUCGCCGGAGCUCACCCCGAAACUGCUGAAGAGACCGCCGUUCCGUUUUAUUCACGACAUUGUCUGCGGUAUUGACGCGCGGUUUGCGGCCUACGAUCACAUCAUUCCAGCUGAGCUGCGCGACUCGGCUAAGGUGGACACAAAAGAGAAGAAGAUCGAAUAUCUCACGACCCUCAUCCAGUACAUCAACAAGAUCAUGAAGGUGGAGAUAGACGUCAAUCCAAAAAAAAUCGUGUCAGGCAGCGAGCCCGAGAAGACCAAUAUCUUUCUUCAAUACCUGGCCGCUGGGGUCGGCUACGCGCAGCAGGAGAAGGCCGCACAAGCGGCCUCAGCACCGCAGCAGAAGAGUGCCACCUCGCUCGCCAGCUCCCCUUCCCAAGUCGCAGCGUCGUUCUCGACCAAUCCUACUCAAGGCAACUUGUCCCUUCCUCCAGCCAGUAGCCUCUGUCGUAAACAGUCAAGCUCGAUGGAUCCCGCCCAACGGCGGAAAUCCCACCUCGCUGUCCUUGAUGAGGCCGCGAAGUUUAAUGGAAAGCUGAGCGGCUACUCGCUGAAUCUGAACCUCGACGAGCAGCGGGAUGUGCGAACCGAAGGUCAGAGCAUCGUCCGCAUGUGGGAGGAGCUCGCUAACCCGCAGACCGAGACGAAACCGUCGCACUUGCCCCAGGAGGCUCUCGAGACGGCCAUCAAGAGACAGAUUGAGACGGUCAAGAUGGUGCAAGAACUGCUGAGGGAGAAUGACGGCGUCAUCGACAAGUUAGAAUCUCUUGUGAUAUGA